AGACCUGGUGUGUAUGCAACACACUUUACAAACCUUGAACGACAUAACCUAAGCUAACAUAACCUCUAACCUUGCAUUAACCUUUAUGACAUUGAUAAUACACACAAAAAUACUUGUAAAUGCAGUCUAUUUAAUUUAAAAUGCAGUCUAGUACAAGGUUAUCUGAAGGAUACAGUGCAGAAGAUCGGAUUGGGGUGGAACAAUUUUUAAAAAUUGCUGAUUAUGAGGAUACCGUAAGGCAAUUGGAUAUUUAUUAUGGAAUGGUGAAACGGCAGUUAUUAAGAUACCAAAGUCCUAUCACUGGAUUAUUUCCUGUUGUAUCUUCCGAUAAAGAAAUUGGGAGUGUUAGAGAAAGUGUUUAUUGCGCAGCAGCUAUAUGGAGUUUAUAUCAAGCUUAUAGGCGUAUUGAUGAUGAUCGUGGUAAAUCCUAUGAAUUGGGACAAUCAGCGGUGAAAUGUAUGCGGGGUAUAUUAGAAUGCUGGAUAAGACAAUCCCCCAGAAUUGAAUUAUUCAAAAAGAACCAAUGUAAUACUCAUUCGUUACAUGUUAAGUUUCAUUUAGUCAGAGGAGACCCUAUUUACCCAGACAAUCAAUAUAACCACUUACAAAUUGAUGCAGUAUCAAUUUAUUUAUUAUUUUUAGUUCAAAUGAUUAGUUCUGGGUUGCAAAUCAUUUAUACACAAGAUGAAGUAGCUUUUGUUCAAAACUUGGUUUAUUACGUAGAGAGAGCUUAUAGAACCCCCGAUUUUGGAAUGUGGGAAAGAGGGACAAAAUAUAAUGAUGGUACCCCAGAAAUUCACGCAAGUUCGAUCGGAAUGGCGAAAGCCGCGCUUGAGGCUAUCAAUGGUUGUAAUCUUUUUGGUGAAAAAGGAGCUUCUUGGAGUGUUGUUUAUGUUGAUAUUGAUGCUCAUAAUAGAAAUAGAAGUAUUUUUGAGACACUUUGUCCCAGGGAAUCUUCAUCAAAAAGUGUGGAUAGUGCUUUAUUACCAACAAUUUCAUUCCCCGCGUUUGCUACGCAUGAAGACGUUUUGUAUAAAGAAUGUAAACAUAAUAUUGUUAAAGAAUUAAAGGGAAAUUAUGGUUUUAAAAGAUUUGUGAGAGAUGGAUAUAAAACGGUUGUUGAGGACUCUAAUAAAAGAUAUUAUGGUAAAGGAGAAACCACCAAUUUUGAGCACAUCGAAUGCGAAUGGCCCCUUUUUUUCAUUUUUAUGAUAAUCGAUGGGGUUUUUAAGAAUUUACCCGAUCAGAUUAAAAAAUAUCAGGAGCUUUUAAAACUUACUAUAGCCGUUGAUCAACAUUCAGAUCCAAUCAUACCAAUGUAUUAUUACGUCCCGCAAGAAAAUGUAGACCAAGAACGAUUAAAUCCGCAUAGCACAGAACGCAACCCAAGCGAUUUUAAUGAGCUUUUCCUCUGGAAUCAAGCUAUGUUUAUUAUAUCCCAACUUUUAACCGGCGGUUUACUCCAUAUAAAUGAAUUAGAUUUAAUUAAACGAUAUUUACCGUCUUAUAACCGCCCCAGACGAGCGGGAAGAUACUCUGCUUUUCAAGCAAAACCAUCUAUAGGCACAGCAACCGAUUUAGUGGUACAAAUAGUUCUUAUAGCCGAAUCGAUGCGAUUACAAGCGAUGAUGGCUACUUACGGUAUUCAAACUCAAACUCCACACGAAGUCGAACCAGUUCAAAUUUGGUCAUCAAGACAACUUGUUAAGGUUUACGAAAAUUUGGGGGUUAAUCAUAAAUUGCAAUUGAAAGGUCGCCCAGCGAGACCAAUCGGCAGUUUAGGAACCAGCAAACUUUAUCGAGUUUGCGGGAGCACAGUUUUAUGCUACCCUUUAAUUUUUGAAGUUUCCGAGUUCUAUUUGUACCGAGAUAUGGCUUUAUUAAUUGACGAUGUUAAAACCGAACUUCAAUUUGUUGGAAAAUAUUGGAGAUUAUCGGGAAGACCCACAGUUUGUUUGUUAAUACGUGAAGAACACAUGAGGGAUCCUCAAUUUAAGAAGAUGUUGGAUUUAUUGGCUAUGUUAAAAAAGGGUUAUUGCGAUGGGAUCAAAGUGAGGUUGGGACGGUUACAAAAUUUGAUAUCAAGUUCUUGUGUUGAACAUUUAGAUUUUAUGACCGUCUUAGAUUUACCCCAACAAAAAUUCACUCAAUUUAAACAACUCGAACAUGAUUACAUAGGUUAUCAAAGUUUAACGGAUAUUCCGAAAGUGAUUGAUUGCCAGGAAAUUCUCGAAAACGUUAAUAGUUAUAAAAAUCGCCCAACCAACGAUAUCAUAGAAGCUAUUAAAAGAACUGAAAAUUUAUACAUUUUAUGUCAACUCUAUGGAUUUCUUUUACAAAGGGAGGGUGCGCAAUUUAAAAUUAACGAUUUAACCGUUCAAACUCACAUAAAAAAGUUAUAUUUGCAAGCGGCUUUGAAACGGCAUUGGGCCGCUGUUCGUUACACGAGUAGUCUUUUACAUCACAGCGUCGAUUCGAUAAGUCCCUUCAUAACUUGCGUAUUAGUACAUGGAAAACAACUCACUGUUGGAGUUAUUGGACAAAAAGAAACUGUUCUUCAUAAACCCUUAACUCCAACCGAGAUACAAUCAGUUUUAUAUAACACAAUCCAACCGUUCGAUGUAAUCCAAGCAGUUCUUCAGCAAGAAAUUAUUUUGUAUUGUGGAAGAUUGAUUUCAACCGAUCCCUCACUCUUUAAAGGUAUUUUAAAAAUUAGGAUUGGUUGGGUUUUAGAGGCGAUGAAGUUGUAUUUAAAAAUGAAAGGAUCUCCUAAAGAAUUAGAAAGUCACACUCCGUAUGAAGUUAGACAAUUAAUAUAUAAAGUGUUAUCUUUGAAAGAAUGGGCCGAUAACGAGAAAUUGACGCCUUUUCAACGAAGACAGUUGGAGGGUUGUUUGUGUAGGGUGCCGAGGUCUUUUUACAACCGAGUUUGGGAUGUAAUCCAAAGAACUCCCCAAGGAUUAGUCGUUAUGGGGAACGUUAUUCCUCAAAAUCCGACAAUAACUCAAAUGACACGGUCUGAACUCAGCUUUGCUUUAUUGGUUGAACAGAUGCUUAAUUAUAUUCAACAACCUGAGUAUCGCCAACUUGUUGUGGAAUUACUUUCGACUGUUUCCACAAUUUUACAUCGAAAUCCCGAGUUGACGUUUAAAGCACCUUUGGAUAUAAGGCUAUUAAUUCAAGCCGCUGCUGAUAUGUAUGUUAAGGAUCAUAAUUUAAAAGAAUCUAUUUCUGUAUUGUUUGAAGUUCCAAUGUUGAUAUCGACGGGUUAUUUAGCUAGGGCUGUUGUAAAUGAUAUUUUAAAAGGUGGAACACUUAUACAAGAUGUUGAUCAUGGACAUGCAGCUGAUAGAUGUAUAACAUCAUAAAAAACAUUAUAUUAUUAAAUAGAUUUAAAUAAAAAUUUAAAACGUA